AUGACGACUCCUACUUUGUUCAAUCUACCACCUCACCCCACUGAACCUGCCACACCUUCAGAUAUGGGCCCGGGCACCCCCAAUUCAGGCACAACCUCCCUGUCCGCGCUCUCUACAACAGCCAUUAAAGAUGGUCACCAAGGCCAUACUCUACCUCAUGGUCACCAUCACCACUCCGUCAGAGAUUCGACCUCCUCUAAUAAUACCCUGGAUGCGGAACGAGCCGAUCGCAUUUCACGACUUGCUGGCCUGGAGCGUGUUGCGACAGUCCGGCCCUCUCAAUCCAGCCAUCUCAAUCCAGGCUCUGGAUCAAACCCUCCCCCGGGCUAUUUCGAUAACGUGCCUCCACAAGUCAAGGAGCGAAGUACGGUUGGGAGCGCAAGCGCGACUGGCAGUGUUGGUGGCAGAACCACGUGGGCCAGCGGCAGCAUCGAUUAUGACGCUGACAAAAUGAGCGAGGACCAAGAUGACGGUGUGUCCAGCACUGGUGGCUUCAGUGACGAGAAUGCAAGCUUGGUGGGGUUUGGCGAAGGUGCAGGCAGCACUGUUUCAGUUCCCAUAUCUACAACCACGUCAAGAGCUGCAGCGGCACGCUACCACCCUGCUGGCAGCCCUUCCACCAGCAAGCUCGCUUCUACACCAUCAGCACACAUGCCGCAGGUUGGAACACCCAUGAGCGGUGUUGUGCCUACAAGUGCCACAACAACAACCGUGGCAAGUAGCACAGACCCGAGGAUGAUGGAUGGCAUGUCUUAUGAUGCAGAUGUGACUGAUACGACUAUGCAGCCGCCAACGCCAGUCAGCCAGCCGCAACAUUCAAGAGGCUUUAGUGGUCAAGGAGCCGACAUGGCAGAGAGCAUCAUGAGGGACCGGCUACCUGACAACGAGGCUGGCAGACCAGCAAUGAGCACUCCUGACGAAAGGGGAGAAAAGCUAGGGAAGUUUCCGUUUGAAAGAAAAUAG